AUGCCGGUGAUGAGAGGGCUGCUGGCCCCGCAAAACACCUUCCUGGACACCAUCGCCACCCGCUUCGAUGGCACCCACAGCAACUUUGUCCUGGGGAACGCCCAGGUGCAGUCGCUCUACCCCAUCGUCUACUGCUCGGACGGCUUCUGCGAGCUCACCGGUUACGCCCGCGCCGAGCUCAUGCAGAAGAGCUGCGCUUGUCACUUCCUGUACGGCACGGAAACCAGCGACCGGUUCACGGCGCAGAUCCAAGGAGCCCUGGACGAGAGGCGGGAGUUCAAGACCGAGCUGGUGUUCUACAAGAAGGAAGGAACACAGUUCUGGUGUCUUCUGGACAUUGUGCCCAUUAAGAAUGAAAAGGGUGAGGUGGUUCUGUUCCUCGUGUCCCACAAAGACAUCACCGACAAGAAGAAGGAACAGGAUCCCGAGCAUGGAGGGGACACGGAUGAAGAGACGGGCCUUAAGGUGCAUCAGGUAACUCGGCCUCCGGGCUUCAACACCAACCGGCGCCGCAGCAGAGCGGUCCUCUAUCACCUGUCGGGACACCUGCAGAAACAAGACAAGGGCAAACUGAAGCUCAACAACAACAUGUUCGGGGAUAAGCCUCCCAUCCCGGAGUACAAGGUAGCAGCCAUCCAGAAGUCCCGCUUCAUCCUGCUCCACUACGGGACCUUCAAGGCCGGCUGGGAUUGGUUGAUUCUGCUGGCGACCUUCUACGUGGCCGUCACCGUGCCGUACAACGUGUGUUUCGCGGUGGCGGGAGGGCGGGACGAAGGCAGCAGCACCGCCCCGCGGAGCCCGCCCAGCGUCAGCGACAUCCUCGUGGAGAUCCUGUUCAUUUUAGAUAUUCUGCUAAACUUUCGAACUACUUUUGUGAGCACGUCGGGUCAGGUUGUGUACGACGCCCGCUCCAUCUGCGUUCACUACGUCACCACCUGGCUCUUUGUCGAUGUCAUUGCCGCCCUGCCCUUUGACCUGCUGUAUGCUUUCAACAUCAGCGUGUUCUUCGGGGUCCACCUGUUGAAGACCGUGCGGCUGCUGCGGCUGCUGCGGCUGCUGCAGAAGCUGGAGCGAUACUCCCAGUACAGCGCUGUGGUUCUCACUCUGCUGAUGUCCAUGUUCGCCCUGCUCGCCCACUGGAUGGCCUGCGUCUGGUACUUCAUCGGUCGCAAGGAAAUCGAAAGCCCUGGCUCCUGGGAUAUUGGUUGGCUCCACGAGCUGGCCAAGCGUCUGGGGACCCCCUACUUCCUGCCCGCCGUGACGACGCCGGUCCCCGUCGCAGUCAGCAGCUUCCCGGCCAACAGCAGCCAGUGGAACGUGUCGGGGUCAGAGGUCGGAGGGCUGGGCUCCUGGAACUCCAGCCAAUAUUACGAAAACACGUCCGCGGGCGAGGUCGCGGCGGGGACGGGCGCCGGUGGCGGGAGUUUCGGGGCGCUGGGCGGAGGCCCGUCGAUCCGCAGCAGCUAUGUGACGUCGCUCUACUUUGCUCUGAGCAGUCUCACCAGUGUGGGAUUUGGAAAUGUGUCGGCCAACACCGACUCAGAGAAGAUCUUCUCCAUCUGCACCAUGCUCAUCGGAGCGCUGAUGCAUGCGGUGGUGUUUGGAAACGUGACGGCCAUCAUCCAGAGGAUGUACUCGCGGCGCUCGCUCUACCACACCCGCACCAAGGACCUGAAGGACUUCAUCCGGGUCCAUCGGCUGCCCAAGGCCUUGGAGCAGCGCAUGCUGGAGUGUUUCCAGACCACCUGGUCGGUCAACAACGGCAUCGACGUCAACGAGCUCCUGAGGGACUUCCCAGACGAGCUGAGGGCCGACAUCGCCAUGCACCUGAACAAGGAGCUGCUCCAGCUGCCCCUGUUCGAGUCGGCCAGCCGGGGCUGCCUGCGCUCGCUCUCGCUCAUCAUCAAGACCUCCUUCUGCGCUCCGGGCGAGUUCCUCAUCCGGCAGGGCGACGCCCUGCAGGCCAUCUACUUCGUCUGCUCGGGGUCCAUGGAGGUCCUGAAGGACAACACCGUGCUGGCCAUACUGGGUAAAGGUGACCUGAUUGGCUCGGACUCCCUGACGAAGGAGCAGGUGAUCAAGACCAACGCCAACGUCAAGGCCCUGACCUACUGCGACCUGCAGUACAUCAGCCUCAAGGGCCUCCGUGAGGUCCUCCGGCUCUACCCCGAGUACGCCCAGAAGUUCAUCAGCGAGAUUCAGCACGACCUCACCUACAACCUGCGAGAGGGCAACGGGGCGGAUGUGGACUGGGAGAGCAACGGCGGCCUGGUGAAGAAGCUGCCGUCCAUCCGCGAGGACGAGGAGGGCGACGAGGCGCAGAACCCGGUGUCGCGCGCCUCCCGCUCCCCGCUGCGCCUCGGCAAGGGGCUCAACUCGCCGCUGCGCUCCCCGCUCCUGACGCCGAGACCCUUCCGCGGCUCCUGCGAGCACUCGCGCUCCCCCACCCUGCAGAUACCGGUGGUCAGCUUCUGCAGCGCGCCGUCCGAGCUCAGUCCCAGAUUCGUGGACGGCAUUGAAACGGAGAGCAACUGCACCUCCUCCCAGAAGUUUGAGUUCAGUCCCAGCAUGUCACCCGUAGCACCUGCCACUCCAUACCCAGGGAUCCAGGAGCACUCAGAGAUCAAGCAGAGUGUGUCCAAACUGACUGAGGAGAUGAACAGUCUCUCUAAACAAGUCUCCACGCUCAGUCAGGAGCUGCAGGAAAUGACGCGCCUGCUCAAGCCCCUCCUCCAAACAGCCACGCAGCCAAUCCUGAUGACCAUGAUGCCAAAUGUGACCCCGCCCCCGAGCAGCGCCAGCCAGCCGUCGCCGAGCGCCCGUCUCGCGUCGCCGCCCGCCGCCACGCGGUGUUCCCUCCACGGCGCCGACAGCCACUCCCUGUUGGACCGCGGCGACGCCGAGGGCGUGGACCUGCCCGGCUGCCUUCUCCCGACUCCUCAUUCGCCAAAAAGGCCUCGGCCGCCUUCUUCGGCGUCGCCGCGGCUCCCGUCUCGGCCCUCGGGGGCCGCCGUCGAGAGCCCGACCCGCCCUGACCUCCCCUCCCCUGAGGAAGCUCUUCCUGACGGAGUCCUCCACUCCUCCUCCAGUAAUGGGAUGUAUCUGCAGGACCGACCUCCCCUGGCGUCUCCUCCCCCCUCCCCCUCUCUCUCCUUCUCCAUGUCCCUCUGCUCCUCGCUGUCUCUCUCCCCCUGCAAAGGCCCCCACCUGCUCCCUCCGCCCCCCUCCCAGGACACCCCUCCUCCACCUCCUCCUCCUCUUCCUCCUCCUCCGCCGUCCUCCCACUGCUCCGCUCCCCCGUCGCUCACGUCCUCCCCCGGCGACCGCCGGCAGAGACCUCCCCUUUCCACCCCUCUCGCCUCCCCCCCCGCCGCCCCCCUCCAUCCCCCCGCCGUCUCCCUGCCCUCGUCUCUGGACUUUGUGAGUGGGAGGAGAAGGCAGAGGGAUACCCAGAAUGCACCUUGGUGGAACUCGCAGCUGCACCACGGGGAGGACCGGCCCGCCGUUUGUCCCCAGGAGCUGGAGCUGCACGAGUGGGGGCGACAGGUGGAGCAGGGGAAGUCCUCCGCGGAGCACAUCAGCUUCAUCGACGAAGAGGAGCCAGCGCUAUGAACGGGUGAAAACUGUGAGACGGCAAAAAAUAAACGAGUAGCAGAUAAAAUAAAUGAAAGCGACGGGAACAACAGAGGUCAGAUCUGGAGGAAGACAGACGGCAGGAAGUGAUUCGUCCGGCAGGUGAACAGAAACGAGACCUGGGAGGCCGAGACACGAUGCCAGCUGUCGAGAAAUCGGUGCGAAGGAGUACUUCUCGACACCACCACAGAACUACAACAGCACAAAUUGUCUUAGUGUCAACACUUGAGUAGCGUCAGUCGACCCCUGCAGCUACUGGGACCGGUUAAAACCAGUUUGUAACCGGUUCCAUUGAUCUCUGGAGCCUCAUUGAGCUCUUUUGUUGCUUUUUCUUCUGUUCAAAGCCCACGUCGCAUGGAUGUCCCUCCCUCUUCAAAGGGCGGAUACAAACACACAUCGCAGCGGGGAAACGCAUCUUCACCCGAGAUAGUCAGGACUGGGAAUGUAAACUCCUUUCAGUCCCAGUCACCUCACCAGUUUGCUUUGGGAUUUUUACAAAAAAUAUAUUUUUUAAAUGGUUUAUUUAACCCUUGUGUUGCCUUCGGGUCAUUUUGACCCGAAUCAAUAUUACACCCUCCUGCCGCCUUCGGUUUAAUUUGACCCCAUUCAAUGUUUAAUGUCGGUGUUCUUUCGGUAGUCAACAAACAAACAUAAAGUGCCUCACACUUAAACUUGGAAAACAAUAUUAAUUCUAAUAAUUUUCUGGAGGUUUUAAUUGCUGGCGUCAAAUUGAACCCAAAGGGUAAAAUAUGUUAGUAAAUAUAAUAUAAAGGUAACAGGAGGGUGAAACAUCGAAUCGGGUCAAAAUGACCCAAAGGCGGGGGGAGGGUGUAAUAUUUAAUCGGGUCAAAAUGACCCGAAGGCAACACAAGGGUUAAUAAGGGACAGUGCACAUUGAUAAAAAGAUUGCAGUAAAUGUGCCAGAGUUAGCCAAGAGGCUAUUUUUCAUCUGUAGUCCCAUUUAUUUUUAGAACAUUUUAAAUCUUCCUCUGGAGGAAAACACACAAAAACACGGCCAUCCACGAUGUCCCGACACCACACAAACAAAAACAAGUUUGAGUUGUUUAAAAAAAAAAACGUUCUUGAUUUUAUUUCCCUGGAAAAAGAAGUGUUUCUAUUUAAGAGUAGACCUGAAAAGCCUGAGCUAGCUGUUGUGUGCCAAAGACAUAAAAGCAAGAUUUAUGAAAAAUAAAGUGUCGGGGGUGGACCACAAAUAUCAUAAACAGCAUCCAAAUAUAACUGUUUAUCACCAACGUGACUGUUUACACGCAGAUUGUUCAGCCAACUCCCGCAUCACUCCUGAGCUUUAGCCAUCCAGCCAUUCGUGCCUUCUCCACACGGAGUUCCCUCGAGUCCCUCGCCUGUUCAUCACCGGCAGCGUCCGGAUACACAUUGACAUCGACGGCCAUCAGCGUCACCGACGGAACACGUGCACCUUUACACCGAACAUGUAAUUUAUUAUUUAUUUAUUCAGGCUGUGAAUUUUUUUUAUUUUUUUUUAUUUUUCUGUUUGUCGACGAUAGCGAUGACGUCACAGAAACAGGUCGGGGAAGAAGUUUAAAGCAUCUUAAACCGGAUGCACUCGUGUCACCUUCCCAUUUCUUAUGUAGCACACACACACACUUUGCAUCAUCUCCAACCUCUUUGCCAACCGCUUAAUGCUGGUACAACUCAACAGCCUACCCCUAAAACUACAAUACCCAGGCUGCAUCGCGAGGUCUUCUCUCCAUGUUUCUUUAGCGAGGUGUUUUGUGCACCACAUGAUACUUGUAAUAUAGACAGUCAGAUUUCUCGUUUCUAUUUUCUGUAACAGGGGGGCAAGGGAGGGACGACCUUGACUCUUUAACACACACACACACAACUCCCAUUGAUGACAAUUCUGAAUCCUGUGGCGGGCGGGGGGGGGGGGGGGGGUCUUGGUUACACAAAAGGGUUUUAAAUGCAUGUCGCAGCUUUUUUUGCAUGAGGAAUGUGCCUGCUUUUGAAUUGUGGUGGGUGGAUGGGCAAACGGCCCGCCCCGGAGGAGGCUGUUGGAUUUCAGAUGUUUUAUUAAAGACUGCUGUUACAUUUUUAAAAAAUAAAAAACUCUUACCAGGAUUACAUACUGUACAACAAUAAAGAAGUGUUUUGUAAGA